AUGACAUCAACAAAACCAUAUAUUCCAGCUGCUGUGAAUGUUAUUUGUGAACUAGCUAGACGUAAUCCAGAAAAUUAUCUUGCUUUAGCUGCAAUAUUUUUUCGUCUUAUGACAACAUCAACUAACAAUUGGGUGCUUAUUAAAAUUAUUAAAUUAUUUGGUGUAUUAACACCAUUAGAACUUCGUUUAGGCAAAAAAUUAAUACAACUAUUGGCAAAUUUAAUUCAUAUUCUUGUUCCAAUUUCAUCGGAUUUACCAAAUCAUAAUGCUUCAAUUCAACUAUAUGUACAAAAACUUCGAAUACUUAUCGAAGAUUCAGAUCGAAAUUUAAAAUAUCUUGGUUUACUUGCUAUGUCGACUAUCUUACAUACACAUCCAAAAAGUGUUCAAUCACAUAGUGAUUUAAUAAUGCGUUGUCUUGAUCUUCUUUCUCGAAUGACAAUUCUUCUUGAAAAUGCUUAUGUUUUUAUUAAUGAUUCAAAUUCUACAACUGUCUCCGAAGUUUUAUAUGCUGCUGCAUGGAUUUGUAGUGGAUUUUGUUCCUCAACGUUUUUGGAUUUGGAUGGUUGGAUAAAUGAUCCUCAAUCAGACAGUGAAGAUGAAUCGAUAACAACAAGUUCAUAUUAUGAUAAUAAAGGUUUAUUUUAUGAUGAUAAUGGAGAAAAUUCUAAUUCUAAUUCACACUCUGGUGAUACAUUAAGUUAUCAAAAAUCGAAAAAAUAUAUUGAAUCAACUGCUGAAGAAUUAGAAAAACAAGGAGAAUCAAAAAAACAAAGUGAACAAAUGAAUCCAUUCUAUUUAAAAGAUUCAAAAAAAAACAAAAUUGACACAAAUAAGUUUUUAGUUCUAAUUCAAUCCUUGAAUUUAUCUUUAAUAUUAUAUACUGAAACAACUUCGGGUACUAUAAAUGGUAAUAAUUGUAUUGAAUUAACAUUAUCACAAAGAACGAAUGCUAUUAGUUCACAAUUAACACUAUCUGAUCAAUUAUAUCGUCAAGCAAAAAUUGAUGAAGAAAAUCGACGUUUAAAGAAAAAAAUCGAAAAUCGAUGCAAAAUAACACGUGAUGGCGAAUUGCCAGAAAAUGCCACAGAAAGUGGAAAUAAAGGUAAUGAUAAUGAUGUGCGUGUUGAAAAAAAUAAAAAAUAUGGUCCAUAUCGAGCACUUAAUAUUGACUUAAAUGAAAAAUCUAUUCAAUCGAUUCCUACACUAUCACCAUUGACAUCUCAAUUAAAAGAAUCAAAAAAGAAAAUAAUUGAAAAACAAGAACAAUUAUCAACAUCGAAAUCUAAACACAAACGAGAACGUAGUGAUGAUAAAGAAUUAUUAUCACCAGCUGAUGAAGAAGGAAAUGGUCCAACUUCUACACCUUCUCCUCCUACUACUACUACUGCAGAGAAAACCAAAGUAAAAAAAUCAUCAUCAGAAAUAACAACAAUAGUAUAUACAAAUACUUCUGUGCCACUCCUAUUGGACAUUAUGACGGAUGAUAUUCAUCCAACAAAUCAAUCUGAGUAA